AUGGCUCUAUCUCUAUCUAUCAAUCUGUGUCUCAUUCUGUUCAUAUCUGUCUAUCUAUCUAUCUAUCUAUCUGUUUAUCUCAUCUAUUAUUUCAAUCUGUUUAUUUCUAUUCUAUCUAUUAUCUAUCUAUCUAUCUAUCUCAUCUAUCUAUCUUCUGUUCUUCUAUCUAUCUUUUUCUAUCUAUCUAGAGGAAUUCUAUCUAUCUUAUCUAUCUUCUCUCAAUCUGUUCUUGUCUCAUCUAUCUAUCUAUCUAUCUUCUAUCUAUCUAUCUAUCUAUCUUGUCUCAUUCUGUUCUCUUUUCUUUUUCGAUCUAUCUAUCUAUCUAUCUAUCUUCUAUCUAUCCCAGUCGAUCCUAGUUUAUCUAUCUAUCUAUCUAUCUAUCUUAUUUAUCUAUCUAUCUAUCUUUCUAUCUAUCUAUCUAUCCCAGUCUCUUUAUUGAUCCUAGUUUAUCUAUCUAUCUAUCUAUCUAUCUAUCUAUCUAAUCUAAAGAGUAUCUAUCUUGUUUAUCUAUCUAUCUAUUAUCAUCUAUCUAUCUAUCUAUCUAUCUAUCCCAAUCUCUUUAUCGAUCCUAGUUUAUCUAUCUAUCUAUCUAUCUAUCUAUCUUAUUUUCUAUCUAAAUAUCCUAGUUUGUAUCUAUCUAUCUAUCCUAUCUAUCUAUCAAUCUAUCUAUCUAUCCCAGUCUCUUUAUCGAUCCUAUCUAUUUCUAUCUAUCUAUCUAUCUAUCAUCUAUCUCUCUAUCUUAUCCCAGUCUUUUAUUCAUCUAUCUAUCUAUCUAUCUAUCUAUCUAUCUAUCUAUCUAUCUAUCUAUCUAUUUAUCUAUCUAUUCUAUCUAUCAAUUUGAUCUAUCUAUCUUUUCUAUCUUCUAUGCGCCUAGUUUAUCUAUCUAUCUAUCUAUCUAUCUAUCUAUCUAUCUGUCUAUCUAUCUAUCUAUCCCAGUCUCUUUAUUGA